AUGCAGGUAUAUCAUCGUAAACUAUUCUACCCAAAUGUUCGCUCUCGAAUCGACAUUAUAACAGUAAUAAUGAAAGUUAUCAUCAAUUUUGGUGGUACAAAAGUCGUUGUACCCUGUGGUAAUGGUGAAAUAGCUGUACAUCAAUUAAUAAAUAUUGCAACAGCAAAAUACAGUAAAAUUUAUGGAUUAUCUUCUUACAACUUAAAUAAUUCCAUUGUUCAUUUACGUUUAAAAAAUGGUGCUGGAUUAGAUCCUGAUGAUUUAAUUUGUGAUGUUGCUGAUGAUCGUGAAGAAUUAUUAGCAAUUAUUGAUUCAUCAAUUGUCAAUUCAAAUGAUCAACAACAAACAAUCAAUAGUAAUGGUGACGAUAAUAUAUCGUCUAGUUUAAGUAGUUCAAAUUUAUCUUCAAGUUUAUCUGAACAUGAAAAAAUACCAACAACAACAAUAACAAAAAAUAAUACAAAUGAAGUUAUUGUAACAGAUGCAGAUCUAAGAACUCGAUCGUUAAGAGUGAAAAAUGAACAUAAUGAUCAAUCAAACUUAGCUGUAACGCAAUCGGAUACAAUGUCUCAAUCGCAUACGUUAAAUUAUGCUAAUAAUGGACCAUUAAAAUCAUACGUAUCAAAUGAUUAUUAUACAAGAGAAAAAUUAAAUGGAAAUUCUUCAAUCUUUACAUCCUAUUCUCCACCGACAAAUGAUGUAAAAUCUUCAAUUGUACCUUUACAUGUGUUACUUUCAUCAACAUCUUCAUCUAUUUCUUCUCCGUCGUAUUCAUUAAAUAAUGGCGGUGAUAAUAGUGGAAUUUAUAAUAUUCAAAUUGAUGAAAAAACUGGUGACAAAUCAUUUUAUAUUUUACUACAAAAAGAAAAUAGUCCAUUGGGUAUUCACGUUAUACCAUAUAAUAAUAAUAGUACUACUCAAGAUCCUAUUGGAGGUUUACUUUUACAAAAUAUUGAACCAGAUGGUCGAAUAAAAAGACAAGGAUUAUUAAAUGUAAAUGAUAGAAUAGUUGAAAUAAACCGAAAUAAUAUUGAAAAAUGUACAUUUGACGAAGCACAAUUUAUCUUUCAUGAUGGAUUAUCAGAGCCAGAAUUAGAGUUAAAAAUUAUUAGAAAUAUUAAAAAACCACCUCCCAUACCACCAAAACCAGGAACAAAUUCAUUUCGUUUGAAAGAUGAAACAAAAAGAAAGUCAAAAUCAUUAUUACCCGAUAUUAAACUUAAUCAUAGUAGCAAUAAUGAUUCAUCAAUAACAACAUCCUAUACAGAUAAUGAAAGUAAUAUGAAUUCAUUAAAUACAAGAAAAUUAGGACGAAUUAUUAAAAUAAUGUUAGUAAAAGGUAAUGAUGGACUUGGCUUCAAGUUAGCGUCACGUGACAAUCCAACGGAUUCUGCUAAUCCAAUUUAUGUGAAAAGUAUAUUUCCAAAAGGUGCUGCUAUUGAUGAUGGUCGUUUACAACGUGGUGAUCGUCUAUUAAAAGUAAAUUCAACUGAUGUAACAAGUAUGAGUCUACAAGAUACUGUGGGUUUAUUACGUGACACUCGUAUUGGUGAAACCGUUGAAUUAAUUAUAUCGCGACAACGUGACGGUUCAGUACCUCAUGAUCUGGUAGUAGAUAAUCAGAAUUUGGACAACCAAACACAAUCAUCAUUAUCAAAAACUCAAAUAUUUACAUUUGAUAUACCAUUGAAUGAUACCUCUUCAGCUGGAUUAGGCAUUACACUUAAGGGAAAAACAUCGAUCGUAGAUGGACAAUCGAUUGAUUUAGGAAUUUAUGUAAAAACCGUUUUGACAGGAGGAGCCGCUUCAAGAGAUGGACGUCUUCGACCAAAUGAUCAAUUGUUAAUUAUUAAUGAAUCGUCCCUAAUAAAUACAUCUAAUUUAGAUGCUGCUGGAAUAUUACAUGAAGCCGUUCGACAUGAAAUCAUACCUGGUCAUAUUAAAGUGACAAUAUCGCGUUCACAACAUGAACAAGCAGACGAUGAAGAAGAUGAACAAGAUAAUAAAAAAUAUUCCUAUUUAAUAACUAAUACUAGUAAGAAUAACAAUAAUAAUUAUAAUGGCAGUAUCAGAGAAACAGAUUUACCAUCUAUAACGUCAUUAAUCGUUAAUCAGCCCUCUUUAUCGAUCGAUAUUAAAUCGGACGAAAAUGAACUAGAUUUGACAACAUUUGUACCACCACUACCAAGUGCAUCCCACUACAUGAAACAGUCCCAGCAACAACAACAAUACAAAGCUCAAGUGAAUCGAUCUGAAUCAAAUAAAUUGACGGAAAUAGAUAAUCGACCAUCUAGUCCACGAUUAUCAUCUUCAACAGCCACUAAUCGAUCUAAUAUAUCUCCAUCAAAAAAUAAACCAAAUUUUGUUCAACAACAACUUCAUCAUCAUGAUGUUCCAGAUUAUCGACAACAACAUCGAGAAUCAAAAUUCGUAUCUAAUGUUUCGACGAAUGAAUUUAAAACUCCCAUUGUACCGAACAAUAAUAGUCAAACGCAUGAUGAUAGCGAUAACGGUACUCAAAAUAAUAAUCCAUUUGAACGUGAAACACCAUUUCGUCAAAGUAUAUCAGAAAAACGUCGACUUACUCAUCAGCCAAAUCAACAGGCAUUACAAUGGAAACAACGUUCAUUUCACGAAGGCCGCCAAGGAGAUAGAAUAUGUCUGAUGCAGGCUGCAUCUGUUGAAAUUCUUGCUCCUGUAAUCGAUGAUGAGGAUGAUGAUGAUGUUGAUAAUGAACAACCAAUGCGUGCAUUACCAAAUUCACCGCCCAAUGGUAACAAUAGUGUUGGUGGUUUAGUUCGUGCAUCAUCUCUGGAAAGUAUUCAUACAUUAACUACAAACGGACAACAAAUUGACAAAAAUGAUUUAAAAAAUACAGAUGAUGAAUAUAAACGUCAAGCACGUCUUCGUAGUCGUGCGUGUAACGAAAGUUUUCGUCAAGCUGUCGAUAAAUCAUAUCAUAAUCCACUAGAAGAUGAAUCUCCUUCUGAGUCAUUUGAUCGUGACAAAUCAAGCAAAGAUAAACAACGUUUUCGUUUUACAAAUCUUUUCUUACGAACGAAGAAAAAAGAUAAAAAUGAAAAAUCAACUUCAAAUUCAAAUGUUGAACUUUUACAUGCAAGUCGACCUGUUGAAGAUGAUAGAUCAAAUCAUUUUCAUUAUCAACGAAAUUUAUCACCGAAACCUCCUACCACUUCUCUCACGCCUUCCUCAAAUAUCGAGAAUCAAAUUAGGCCAGCAUUUCCUCCACCGCCCGCACCAUUUAGUACAAGACAAGAAUCGACGUCUUCAGCAUCACCUUCAAAAGCAAAAGCAUCUGACAUUAUUGGCCAUGAUCGAACGACAAAUUCAUCUUAUUCUAUUUCUUCAUCCGAAAACAGAACACCAACAGCUUUUGAACAUCAAUAUCAACAACAGUCGUCCUCUUCAAACAAUAUAAUAUCGAAUCAAAAUAAAACAACAUCUUCUGGUUAUGAACCUUAUCGUUUCGAUAAUCAACAUCAAUUAACGUCUCAGCAACGUGCUCAUCUUGUUGAUCACUUUUCUCCGCCCGUUUGGUCCAACGAAAAUUCAAAAAACGCUACGACGACAACCACGUUACAUUUUAAUCCAAAAAAUGGUGCGUUACUUUCACAACGCGAUGUUAUUAAUCAACGUUCUCAAAAUGCUGCACCACCACCACCACCACCGGUAAAAACAAAAUCAUCAUCUUAUCGUAAGAGUAAUAAUCAAGAUGGUACACCAUAUCGUCCAGUACAAUCCGUCGCAUUAACAUUGUCACCAACUGGACAAAAACAUCAACAACAGCCAGCAUUACCCGUACAAUUUCAAAGUGGGACUCAAUCAUUGCGGCAGCAAUCAUCCACUCAUGUUCAUCAUCCGUCAAUACAAGAUUUUUAUUACAAUAAUGAAAACCAACACAAUGUAAAAUCUAGUUAUCCAUCAACAUUUACUGUUCAACCCACCCAUUUUACAUCCUAUAGUCAUAAUGUUGAUCAACAACAACAAAUACCUAAGCGUACACACAUUAUGUCACCUCGUCAUUAUUUACAUUCCACAACAUUACACGAAAAUCCAGCUAAUGUUUGA